GUCUGUACCGUUCAGCUUCGAUGGUCACCCAGCCGCCUGUUGCGGCUGAGUAAUGGGUGCUUUAUCCGCCACGCCCCCGGCUAGGGUUGGAAUGGUUGCUUAGUGAGGAAGCCCCGACAUAAGUGAAAGCUGCUACUACUAGCAUGUUUUGCGUCAUUGUCGGAAUUGGCGCGUUUGAUCUCGGAUCUAGCUUCGUGGCCGGCCUCGGGUCCGCUUGCCUACCUAUUAUAACUGACUCGGGUCUGCCCCUCGAGGGUUUGAUAUCGAGAACAUUUGUCGGAUCCCGCCACCCGCAUAUAUAGUGCGAUUGAGCUUUCACCUUGUCCAUUGUCGACUUCAUCUCGCCGUGUCCCUCGUCAGACAUAACUCAUCGCUACAACACAUUCGAGAGAGAGAAAGAGAGCUUCGCCAUGGCCGCGGCCCUGACGGACGAGCAACUCGAGCGGUACCUCGCUCACGUCGGGUAUCCGCGCGAGCGCCAUGCGGCCGACCCGCUCGCGCUCGUCACCGAACUCAUGGCGCGGCAAAUCUCGCGGGUGCCCUUUGAGUCGUUCGCGCUGCACUACUCGCAGCAUCGCGUCGUGUCGCUGGACCUCGACGCCCUGUUCGACAAGAUUGUGGUGCGCGGCAAGGGCGGCUACUGCAUGGAGCUCAAUGGCUUCUUUGCCGCCGUGCUACGUCGGCUUGGUUUCACCGUCCUCAACGUCGCAGCGCGUGUGCAGGUCGGCAACAACGUGUAUUCUGGCUGGUUGGUUUUCCUGCCGCCCACGUAGAUCGAUCGAGAUCGAUCCAACCAUCCAUCCCCCACCUUGUUUGUGUAUUCGUAUGUGGCAUGGAUGGGCUGACAGGCAUGAGCGCGACACACACAGGACGCACAUGAUCAACCUCGUCACCAUCAACGGCGAGAAGCAUGCCGUCGACGUCGGCUUCGGCCGCGACGAGCCCCUCAUCCCCGUGCCGCUGCGCUCGGGCUUCGAAUUCACCCAGGUGCACCCGCAACGCGGCCGGCUCGAGUAUCGCGCCCUCAAGCAGCACACGGACCAGACGCAGCGCAUGUGGGUGUACUCGUCGCAGGCGACGCCCGGCGCGGAAUGGGUCGAGCGCAACUGCUUUAACGAGGUCGAGUGGUUCCCCGAGGACUACCGGGUCAGCAACCACCACACCAUGUCGAGCCCGACGAGCUUCUUCGUGCAAAACGUCUUGGCGUUCCGCGGACUGCUCGACGAGGAGUCGGGCCGCAUCCACGGGCUACUGACGCUGUUCCGCGACACGGUCAAGCGGCAAAUGGCCGGGCAAGAGGCCGAGGUGCUGGAAACGUUAAAGUCGGAGGAGGAGAGAGUCCGCGCCCUCGACGAGUAUUUCGGCGUGCGGCUUGCGCCUGCUGAGCAGAGAGGCAUCCGCGGCAUGUCGAGUGAGCUGCGUGGGUGAGGAUCCCCUGUUUCGAAUACAUAGGGACCAGCAUUGCGCGCAUGACGGAGUUGCGAGAAGGGGGAGUUUGAAGGGCCGUGUGCCAUUCGGCAUUUGGGUACAUACUCGCUUGGGAUGAAAAACACUGUAUGAGGGAAGAUAUGUGAGCUCAUCUUCAUUGUGAGCAACAGCCAGAGCGACACAGUGUACAGAUUUGUCAUUUAGAUUUGAGUCUUGCCGUUUCUCUGGCAAGGAAAGCUCUACAACCGUUCAAGAACAUCUCGAAAAGGGUC